UUCACCGCAAUACAGAACUACAAUUCGCAAGCGUUCAACACCCGAGAAAGGAUUAUCAAAAUGCUGAAAUUGGUAGUGUUGUUAUCUACUUUGCUUGCCGUCGCCGUUGCGCGUCCUGGCUACCUCUCACACGCGCCCCUGCUCUACUCGGCACCAGCCACAGUCAUCCACGAGCCCGUAUUGGCCAAGGUAGGCGCGAUCGUGAAGAGCUACCCUACCGCUGUCUCCCAUCAGAGCUCGUCGAUUGUGCACAGUUCAGCCGUUGCUGUGCAGCCCAUCCUGGCGCCCAUUGUGAAGACCACUUACGCAGCACCGGUGCUGCAUGCUGCCCCCAUCUAUAAGACCAUUGCAUUGCCCUCUUUGCAUGCAUCGCCUUCGGCCGGUUGGUGGUAAUGCGGAGCUGUUAUGUUACAUUAAUUCCACUCAUCAAACAAAGUGGCGGCCCGUAAGUGGAGUUGCGGUUCCAGUACACGCCAGUUGUCAGUUGUUGGUUUUCAUCUUCAUAAGUUGUAUAUAAUUACAUACAUAUUUGUUUCUAAUUAUAAUAAUGUCAUUUAGUUGAAUACUUGUUUGCAAAUAAAUGUCUUAAAAGCGAA